UCGCAUCGUCCCCCCUCUCCGUAUAUCCUUGACUUCCCGGCUGCCUAAGAAGAGUUCUUCCGCGACUUCCGUCACCGAAGGCCGGAGUGGCGUUUGGAUUGAAGACGUUCUCUUCCCUCCACCAUCUCAGGCGGGGGGCCGUCGUGCCACCGGUUUUUCUUCGAUUUUUUUGUAAGGUACUCAAAUCAAGGCCGAUUGCGGUGACCGCUUACACGAUGGAUCCGAUUGAAGAUCAAGAUCUGGAGAGGAAACUAAAAAAGGAGCAAAAGGCUAAACUGAAAGAAGAGAAAAAACUUAAGGCUGCACAAAAGGCAGAAGCUGCAAAACUCCAGGCACAAAGGUCAUCUGAUGGAGCUAAGAAGAGUGAGCGAAAACAGAGGAAAAGAGAUGUUGAAGAAGAGAAUCCCGAGGAUUUUAUGGACCCUCUUACCCCGGUUGGAGAGAAAAAGCAGCUCUCUCGUCAAAUGGCCAAGCAAUACAAUCCCAGUGCUGUUGAAAAAUCAUGGUAUUCAUGGUGGGAAGCAUCAGAUUUCUUUACAGCAGAUGCAAGCAGCCCAAAACCAUCUUUUGUUAUUGUACUUCCACCUCCAAAUGUGACUGGUGCUCUUCAUAUAGGUCAUGGCCUUACUGCUGCUAUACAGGACACAAUUAUCCGUUGGAAAAGAAUGUCGGGCUACAAUGUUCUAUGGGUUCCUGGAAUGGACCAUGCUGGCAUAGCAACCCAGGUGGUCGUGGAGAAGAAGUUGAUGCAGGAAAGAAAAUUAACGAGGCAUGAUCUUGGGCGUGAAGGGUUUGUGUCUGAGGUUUGGAGAUGGAAAAAUAAGUAUGGAGGCACCAUCCUAAACCAAGAGCGUCGAUUGGGAGCUUCACUUGACUGGUCUCGUGAGUGCUUCACAAUGGAUGAGGCAAGAUCAAAGGCAGUAACAGAGGCUUUUGUCAGGCUUUAUAAAGAAGGCUUAAUCUAUAGGGAUCAUCGCCUUGUGAAUUGGGACUGCACAUUACGAACAGCAAUAUCUGAUAUUGAGGUUGAUCAUGAGGACAUCAAAGAAGAGACUUUUAGAAAAGUCCCUGGUUAUGAUCAUGAUGUUCAGUUUGGUGUUUUGACUUCUUUUGCCUAUCCACUUGAGGGAGGUUUGGGUGAGAUUGUAGUUGCCACCACAAGAGUGGAGACAAUGCUUGGUGAUACUGCAAUUGCUGUUCAUUCUAAAGAUAAACGUUAUGCUCAUCUUCAUGGAAGAUUUGCAGUUCAUCCAUUCAAUGGGAGGAAGCUUCCAAUAAUCUGUGAUGAUAUGCUUGUUGAUCCUGAAUUUGGAACUGGGGCUGUCAAAAUUACGCCAGCUCAUGACCCUAAUGACUUUGAAGUUGGAAAACGCCAUAACCUUGAUUUCAUUAAUAUCUUUACUGAUGAAGGGAAGAUCAAUAUCAAUGGUGGUGCAGACUUUGAAGGGAUGCCACGAUUUGCAGCUCGUGUGGCUGUUAUUGAGGCAUUGCAGGCAAAGGGACUGUACAGAGGAACUCAGAAGAAUGAAAUGAAGCUUGGCAUUUGUUCAAGAAGUAAUGAUGUGGUAGAGCCAAUGAUAAAACCUCAGUGGUUUGUUGAUUGUAAAAGCAUGGCAAAACUAUCUCUUGAUGCAGUCCUGAGUAGAGACAACAAGAAAAUUGAGAUCAUUCCACAUCAGUAUGAACAAGAAUGGAAAAGAUGGCUAGAGAAUAUACGGGAUUGGUGCAUUUCAAGGCAGCUUUGGUGGGGUCACCGCAUUCCUGCCUGGUAUGUCACACUUGAAGAUGACCAGCUUAAAGAAAUGGGUUCUUACAAUGACCAUUGGGUGGUUGGAAGAAAUGAGCAGGAAGCAGUUUUGGAGGCACAGAAGAUCUUCCCAGGGAAGAAUUUUGAGAUUGCACAAGAUCCAGAUGUGUUAGAUACAUGGUUCUCAUCUGGUCUUUUUCCAUUAUCUGUGCUUGGCUGGCCAGAAGUUACACCAGAUUUUAAGGCAUUCUACCCAACUUCCUUGCUUGAAACUGGACACGAUAUUCUCUUUUUCUGGGUAGCUCGGAUGGUUAUGCUGGGAAUGAAACUUGGAGGUGAUGUGCCCUUCAGAAAGGUUUAUUUGCAUCCUAUGAUUCGUGAUGCGCAUGGCCAGAAAAUGUCAAAGUCGAAAGGCAAUGUUAUUGAUCCACUUGAAGUAAUAAAUGGCAUAUCACUAGAAGGGUUACACAAACGGUUGGAAGCAAGUAAUUUGGAUCGAAAUGAAUUGGAAAGGGCAAAAAUGGAUCAAAUUAAAGAUUUUCCAAAUGGUAUUCCUGAAUGCGGUGCUGAUGCCCUCCGCUUUGCUCUUGUUUCUUAUACAGCCCAGUCAGACAAGAUCAAUCUGGAUGUCUUGAGAGUUGUUGGUUAUAGGCAGUGGUGUAAUAAGUUGUGGAAUGCCAUACGGUUUGCCAUGACCAAGCUUGGAGAUAACUAUGCUCCCCCUAAGAUGCUUGUGGUGGAAUCUAUGCCAUCCAUCUGCCAAUGGAUACUUUCUGUUCUAAACAAGGCUGUGGCAAAAACUGUAUCAUCAUUUGAAUCAUGUAAAUUCUCAGAAGCAACUACAGCUGUAUACUCGUGGUGGCAAUUUCAGCUUUGCGAUGUAUUUAUUGAGGCUAUCAAACCCUACUUUAUGGGUUCAUCACAGUUUGAAUCUGCUAGAAAAGAUGCCAGGGAUACUUUGUGGGUUUGUUUAGACACAGGCUUGCGUUUGCUACAUCCUUUGAUGCCAUUUGUUACUGAAGAAUUAUGGCAGCGUCUUCCUCAAGCAGAAGGAACAUGCAGGAAAGAGUCAAUUAUGAUAUCAGAAUAUCCGUCAGUUGUAGAAGCCUGGACAAAUGAGAGAAUUGAGAGUGAUAUGGAGAUUGUCAAUGGUGCUGUUAGAAAGCUCAGAUCCUUACGUCCACAAAGUGACAAGAGUGAAAGAUAUCCCGCCUUUGCACUUUGCCGGGGACAUGAUGUCUCCAACAUCAUCAAGGCCUAUGAGCUAGAGAUAUUAACACUCGCCACUGUAUCUUCCCUGAAGAUUUUAACCGAGGAUGACUCGGUUCCUGCUGGAUGUGCAGUUGAUGUCGUGAAUGAAAAUCUUUCUGUCUAUCUUCAACUUCAAGGAACACUAAAUGCAGAAGCUGAAUGGGAAAAGUUAAGGAAAAGAAGAGAAGAGACACAAAAGAAACAUGAUCUUCUGGCACAGGAGAUGAAUAGUUUAGGUUACAAGGAAAAGGCUCCUCUGACCAUCCAGGAAGACCAGAUGAAGAAACUCAAUUCUUAUCUAGAUGAACUUAGGUUAAUUGACGAGGCCGAACAGGAUUUGAAGAGGAGAAUAUAAGGAAUCUAACGAAUUACAAAGACUUGUACACCAAUUGUUUCUGAUUGCUUUUGGUAUUUAAUUUGUACGCCAAAUAUUGUUAACUUAUUUGAAUGAUUGGUCAAACAUUCUUAGGUACUUGGAGAUUUUAAUUUUCUCUGUUUGCUUCUUUUAGUUGCUUGUAUGGUCAUACAGGCUGUUAAUGUUAUUACAUGACUACUUUCUUCAAAUUUUUGUUUUCAUUCCA